AUGGCCACCGAUUUAAAGUGUUAUUUAACCAUAUUUCUGGCUAUAGCGUUAUACUGUGAUGCGUACAAAAUACUCAUUUUUGCUUCAAUGCCAGGCAGAAGCCACAUGAUAUUAGGCAAUGGUAUAGCAAGAACUUUAUCGAAAGCCGGACAUGAGGUAACAAUUAUUACUUCGUUUCCUAAAGAUAAACCAGAUCCUAAUGUUAGAGAAAUCGAUGUUGGUGAUAGUACUCUCCACUUUCUAGAUGAAGAUGUAAAUGUGCACAAAAUAUUGGAUAAAGAACGUGGUUUCGAGGAUUUCACAUUUUUAUUCACAAUGUUUAAAGAAGUUUGUAUUAGGACACUGGAGAACCUAAAUAUGCAAAAUAUAUUAAACAAUCCGAAAGAAAAAUUUGAUGUAAUUAUUGCCGAAUGGAUGUUUAAUGAAUUAUAUGCUGGACUUCCAGCAAUAUUUGAAUGUCCUUUCAUAUGGUUCUCAACAGUUGAACCACACUGGAUGAUAUUAAAAAUUAUCGACGAGUUACCAAACACAGCGUACAACGCAGAUGUCGUUUCUAAUAACUUGCCACCUUUAACGUUUAUACAACGAGUAGAGGAAUUGUUUUACCAAAUUUUUGGUGUAUUAUAUCAAAACUUUGUGUUUUCUCCUACCGAAAACAAAGAUUAUGAACGAAUUAUCGCUCCAAUCGUUCGAAGAAGAGGAAAACCUGUGCCCUCAUUUGAGGAACUAAAAAACAAUAUUUCUUUAGUUCUUGGAAAUUCUCAUGUGUCAAUUGGGCAGGCAACUCGUUUACCACAAAGCUACAAGCCUAUUGCAGGAUAUCACAUUGAGAAGGAAGUUAAGCCUUUACCCCAGGAUCUUAAGAAAAUAAUAGAUAAUGCGAAAAAUGGCGUAAUAUAUUUUAGUAUGGGCUCGAACAUAAAAAGCAAGGAACUGCCGAUUGAGCUUAAAAGAAGUCUACUGAAAGUUUUUGGUGAAUUAAAGCAAACCGUAAUUUGGAAAUUUGAAGACAAUCUACCCGAUAGACCGAAGAAUGUGCAUAUAAUACAAUGGGCACCUCAGCAAAGUAUUUUAGCUCAUCCAAAUUGUGUAUUAUUCAUUACGCACGGAGGAUUCCUCUCUUCGACUGAGACGAUUCACUUCGGCGUACCUAUAAUUGGAAUACCAGUGUACGGUGAUCAGUUUAAUAAUAUUAACAGGGCUGUGGCAAAAGGUUACGCGAAAAGAGUGGACCUUACAUAUUCUUUAGCCGAUGACUUAAAAGUGGCAAUCGAUGACAUUCUCAGUGAUCCCAAAUAUAAGAAAAGAGUAAAAGAACUAUCAUUUAUAUACCACGAUAGACCAGUGUCCCCGGGAGAUGAGCUAGUGCACUGGGUGGAGCAUGUCAUACGCACGGGUGGCGCUUUACACCUCCGUUCCCCAGCGCUGGAUGUCACCUGGUACAAGAAGAUGUACCUAGAUUUAGUUGCUGUUAUAUUUAUUGUUUUUGCAAUAUUUAUAUUAUUUUACAAGUUGCUUAUAAAAAAAUGUAUGUCGAGUAAAUGUGACAUCGAAAAGAAAAGAAAAUAG